UAUCUUGAUUUUGUUUUUUGUUUUUUUUAGUUAAAAAUCAAACUUUUUUUCAUUAAAAUACAUUAAUCGAUCUUUGAUCAUUCGACUAAGAACAUACGUACCUUGAAUAUCAUCAUUAUUAUUAUUUUUAUUCUAAAUUUCUAAUUUGAAGACAGACUCUUUUUAAAACACAAAAAAAAUGGUUAAAGCAGUUGUUGUAUUGAAAGGUGAUCCAAAUGUCAGUGGUACAAUUUUUUUCGAACAACAGGAUAAUGGUCCGGUAAAAGUUACUGGUAGUGUUCAAGGAUUAAAACCCGGUCUACAUGGAUUUCAUGUUCAUGAAUUUGGUGACAAUACAAAUGGUUGUACAUCGGCUGGUGCUCAUUAUAAUCCAUUGAAUAAAACACAUGGUGCACCUAGUGAUGAAGAACGUCAUGUUGGUGAUUUAGGCAAUAUUGAAGCCAAUGAUAAAGGUGUUGCUAAUGUUGUAAUUGAAGAUUCAUUAAUCAGUUUGACUGGUGAAAAAUCAAUUGUUGGACGUUCAUUGGUUGUACAUGCUGAUCCAGAUGAUCUUGGACGUGGUGGACAUGAAUUAAGCAAAACAACCGGUAAUGCAGGUGGACGUCUUGUUUGUGGUGUUAUUGGCGUUACAAAAUAAAAGACUAAUGAUACCAAAAUGGCAAAAGUCAACGAAAAAAAUGAUUCCAAUAAUAUUUCCAAAACAAAAUACAAUAUUCUUGAUGAAUAAAAUCUGAUUUUACUUUA